UACUACUUUCUUCCAAAAACUUCGAUAUGGAAUACAAUUCUUAAGCAAAUAACUAAUAUUUUGUUCAGCUUUUAAUUUUGUUAAAAAUUUUUAAGACGAACGAAGGAUUGGUUACCGUCUUUAUUUGCUGACCGAGCUUCUUUAUGGAGCCGCUCUCCUGACGGCAAUCACCGCUGCCCCCGACAUAUUGAUGAAACUUCGCUUGAAUAGCCAGCUAGUGACCACCGUUGCAUUUAGGUAUCCGGAAAUAUGGCUAACUAUGAUCAGGGCCCUGCUGUUGACCGCCUUGGCCAUGUUACCGACGGUGGUGAAGCUUCCAAAAUUCCUAACCAGCCAUAGUUUCUUCAAAUUCCUGCACCUGGCUCCCUGGAUACUGGUGUGCGGCUUCAAGUUUCUCCGGAAUAUCCUCAUGCAUGUGAUUGUGAUUCGCCAAGUGGGCCAAUUCAACGAUGCAACGGGCUUGAUCAUGGCCCUGGCCAUUUACUGCAUAUUUUUGAUUAAGGCUUCAGAGAUGAUGUUGCACUGGAUUGCCAUUGUCCACCUGACCACCGAGGGGUACAUCUUGGAUGUGCGUACCGAGCUUUGAUAAAUCUGCCUUGUGUGGAACCUUACAAUGAGCCAUAUUUUUGGCUGGGAAUCUCUUGACUUGAAUACGUUCCAAACUUCUCGUCAGAAUUAUAAUACCCUGCCAGUUUAUAAAAACACGUAACCAUGGAAAUAAAUUGCCUAA